AUGUAUAACAUGAGCUGCUACAACCCUAGUUCCUUUAUCCUUGUUGGCAUACAUGGCUUGGAGAAGAUUCACAUCUGGAUUGGGAUUCCCUUUUGUGUCAUCUAUGUUGUGGCUAUUCUGGGCAAUUGCAUCCUCCUCUACCUCAUUGUGGUUGAUCACAGCCUUCAUGAGCCUAUGUUUUUUUUCCUCUCUAUGCUGGCCACCACAGACCUCAUCUUGUCCACUGCCUCAGUGCCCAAACUGCUCAGUAACUUGUGGCUUGGAGACCAGGAAAUAACUUUCUCUGGUUGUCUCACCCAGAUGUUCUUUCUCCACUUCAGCUCUGCAGUAGACUCUGCCAUACUGUUGACUAUGGCAUUUGAUCGCUAUGUGGCCAUCUGCUUCCCCUUGAGAUACAGUGCCAUCCUGACACCUCCGGUGAUCAUCAAACUUGUGGUGGGCAUUCUUGUGAGGAGUUUUUCCAUCAUCUUCCCACUUGUUUUUCUGCUAAAACGGUUGCCCUUUUGUUGGACAAGGGUCAUCCCACACACAUACUGUGAACAUAUAGGGGUUGCUCAACUUUCCUCUGCUGAUAUUUCCAUCAACAUUUGGUAUGGGUUUGCUGUACCACUUAUGAUUGUCAUCUCAGAUGUAAUCUUUAUUGCUAUUUCCUACGCCUUCAUCCUUCGUGCUGUUUUUCAGCUCUCAUCCCAAGGUGCCCGUCAAAAGGCCCUUAGUACCUGUGGAUCCCAUGUCUGUGUUAUCCUUAUGUUUUAUACCCCUGCCCUUUUCUCUGUUCUUGCUCAUCGUUUUGGACACAGUGUUCCUAGACAUGUGCUCAUCCUGUUUGCCAACCUCUAUGUGGCUAUCCCUCCUGCUCUAAAUCCUAUUGUUUAUGGAGUGAAGACCAAGCAGAUCCAGGAGAAAUUUAUUCUCCUCUUCUCUUUGAAGAAAACGUAA